AUGGCACUCAAAUCCGUCUUCCUACGGGCACUCGCCAUCCUCCUCCUCUGCCUGACGCUCACAUGCAGCAUCACACAUGCCACGCCCAGCAUCACCACACCUAACCCCCUCAGGGCCAACCAGGAGAUCCAGCUCACGAUCGACUACAAGCCCGACGACGCCCUGCGCACGAGGUUCGACUCGUACCGGGUCUUCCUGGCCCUGACCCCGCCGGGCCGCGGCACGGGCGCCGCGUGCUGGCUCUCGGGGCGCCAGCGCCUCGCCACGACGCAGGUCGCCGUCGCCAUCCCCGCCGACGCGGCGCCGGACCGGUCCCAGGUCCGCAUCUCGACGGGCCUCUUCGCCAAGGGCGGCGCCGCCGCGCGGACCAGCGGCUACAGCUACGGGCCCGGCGCGACGCUGGUCGGCGCCAACGGGACCUGGAGCCGGCGGGAGCUGGACGGGUGGACCGUCGGCGACGCCGAGGAGAUGCCGUGCCGGGCGCUCGGGUGCGCGCGGGGAUGCUACGAGCGGUACUACACGGGCGACCGGUCGCGGUACAGCGCCGACGACGCCAGCGAGAAGGAGGCGGACGACUGCGCCGACUAG